UUUCACUGUUUAUCAGAACCGAUCCUUCGCUGCUGCUGCAACACCGCACGCACGGCAGAAAUUUUCUCUCCUUUUAUAUCGUUUUCGAGCGUCCGGGGGCGCACGGAAAAAAGGGAAUGGAAGGAGCCGGGUCGAGACUGAGCCGAGCCUCCUCCCGGUACGGCCCGACGGCCACCGUCUUCAACGGCCCCGUCCGGAAGUGGAAGAAGAGGUGGGUCCACGUGUCGCCGCCGCCGUCGGCCGCCCCCGCCCACCACCACAAGCCCCACCACUUCCAGCCCAACAACCACCACCACCCCUCCUCCACCCUCUUCCUCUGCCGCUGGACCCCCGUCUCCUCCGGCGCCUCCGCCGCCCCCGACGGCGACGACGGCUCGGGCUCGGCGGAGGAGACCCCCAGGCGCAAGUAUCGCUACACUCCGAUUGCUGUGCUUGAAGAUCAUACUAAGACAGCUGCAAGAAAAGCAGAUGGAGGCAAAAUAAGUGAAAACUACCCAAGCACUGGUGGACCUAUGGUCGAGAAUGACGAUAUAUAUGGGAAAAUUGAUCAUUCUGAGGAUGAGGAGAAAGAAAUUAAGAAUUCGAGCAAGGGCGGUUUAGAUUUGGGUGUGUCUCUGGAUGAACCUGAGAAUGGUCAUGAUGACGUCGAAGACAAGAGCACAACCAUGCCGAAAACAACCACGAGCGGAUUCUGGUCAAUGGGAUGAGGCUUUUCCACUCGAUGGGAGAUGGAAAACAGCAAGUGAGAAGCUGUUGUGCUGUGUUGUAAUGGGGUAAGAUUUGGCAACUGAUUUCCUGUCUAGAUAAUAGCUUGAGUUUGACAUCUAGGGCAUCUGUAUCUAGUAGGUGUAGCAUAGUCAGUAUGUAUAAAUCCACCGAGGCAUACUCGAGUUGCUCCUGUAAAUAUUUUGCUGGGCAAUAUGUGCUCCUCUCUCGCUCUCUA